AUGCUUCCACCCGCAGCUGACCUCCUUCGUGACAAUGUCACUAUUCUUCCUCCAGUCUCCGACCCAUCGUUUGCGAAACACUUCCACAAAUUUGGCCAAUACAACGUCGUUCUCAUCGGCGAUGGCAGCCAUGGCACUUCCGAAUUCUACACUGCUCGAGCGAAAAUAACUCAACAUCUGAUUGAGCACCAUGGCUUCAACGUCGUCGCCGUAGAAGCGGACUGGCCCGAUGCUGAAGCAGUUGAUCGCUAUGUUCGUCGUCGUCCAGGACCGACAACCAAAAUUGAGGUCACAGAAAAUACGUCUGCGUUCAAGCGUUUCCCGACAUGGAUGUGGCGCAACCAUGAAUUUCACGACUUCGUUGAAUGGCUUCGAGAAUACAACAAGGCCUUGAAGAUGGACGAUAAAGUCAGCUUCUAUGGGCUAGACCUCUAUAGCGUGGGUACUUCCAUUCAAGCUGUGAUCAAAUACCUUGAUCAUGUUGAUCCAAAGAUGGCCAAGAUAGCUCGGCAACGAUACAGUGCUCUUGGACCAUGGGUUGAAUCUUCCCAAGAAUAUGGUCUCGCCGCUCUGGUGGGUGCUUUUAAAAUUUGCGAAGCCGAUGUCCUGAAGAUGCUAAAGGAUUUGUUGAACAAGAGGAUUGAGUAUUCCUCGCACAUGGCGGACGGGGAAGAGUUUCACAGUUCGGAGCAGAACGCUCGAGUGAUUGCAGAUGCAGAACUCUAUUAUAGAGCCAUGUACAACAGUUCCACCGAGUCCUGGAACCUUCGGGAUACUCACAUUCAUCUAGGCGAUGCCCGAGCUACAACCAUGGGCAAGCUUCGUGGCGAGAUUAGCCUUGGACAGCUUUGCCGCCAAGCAUUCGGCGAUCAAGUGCUCAGCUUCGGGUGUGGAACUCAUACCGGUACCGUUGCUGCUGCUGAUGAAUGGGAUAGCGAUAUGCGGAUCAUGAACGUAGAUCCCAGUCUUCCAGGCAGUGUCGAAUAUUUGGCGCAUCAGACCGGAAUCCCUAGCUUCCUCGUGGACUUAAGGGAGGGCCAUUGCGACGACGAACUGAGAAAGGAGUUGAUUCAGGAGAAACUUGAGAGAUUUAUUGGGGUGAUCUAUGGACCAGAGACUGAACGCCAGAGCCAUUAUUCACAUGUGAUACUGGCAGAUCAAUUUGAUGGGUACAUCUGGUUCGAUGAGACGAGGGCAGUUACAUACUGUAGGGCUCUGGAGGUGCAUCAGCCGAAGACCCCGUUGGAGUUUAAGGAGACGUACCCUUUCGGAAUGUAA